CUGCGUUUUGAAACAGAGAAGAACCCAUCGUUUGGUACAAUGAAGAUAUUCUCAAACAGCAGCUGGCAAAAGCUUUGUACCAGUCAAUGGGAUGAAGCAGAUGAAAAUUCAACCUGCAUGGCCAUGGGCUACUAUAACAACGGUGCUAAUGAAACAUGGUACGCAGAACGUGGCAAUGCUACAGAGAUGUCCACCUACUACAACUGCACCAUUCCCACCAGAUGUCAAAACAAACAACAAUUUUGCAAAGUUCCUGUUCGCUUGAAUGGCGCAAAUGUGGAGUAUGGAGGAAGAGUGGAAGUGUUUUACAAGGGAAAAUGGGCAAAGAUAUGUAGGAAUAAAUGGGACUUUAAUGAUGUCAAAGUUAUUUGUCGUCAACUUGGCUUUGAAGAGGCUUUAGCGGAGUUCAUUGGGUCAGACAUAAAGGCUGAGGGAAUACCUUUUGCAAUGUCCGAUGUCUCUUGCACCGGAGAAGAGUUUGAGCUUGCAUCAUGCGAUCGCAUCGAUGGAAAGUUAAAUAUUCCCCCUCAAUGUCAAUCGGAUGACAAGGGUUCUCAAGCGUUGUGUCAACCAAAGAACAAGAAUGUGUUGAAAAGAAAUGAACUCUAUUUUGAUAUUGGUAGCAGAGAAAAGCUUCAUUGCUCUAUAAACAAUAAAACCAAUUAUGCUAGAUGGGUCAUCAAUGGGCGAAAGCUUGAAAUAACAAACUCUACUUCUGAAAGGAUCAAGGCUAAAGACAAUGGUGAUCUGUUCAUUGAUGAUGUGCAGCUGUCUGAUGGAGGAAUAUAUGAAUGCCAGAGAUUGGAAUAUGUUCAAUAUUACAUUGUCUACAUAAAUGCAAGAUUUACUCAGAAGACGUUGGACCAACAAACCUUUAUUGCGUACACGUCUGGCAUUAUAAGCUGUAGUGCUGAUGGAACACCAAGUCCACAGAUUUCUUGGAGUAAGAAAGGAGGAAAGUCCUUAGACCCGAGACGAUUCACUCAAAUAUCCAACGGCAGCCUGCGUAUUGGUUUUGUAAAGCCUGAAGACGAUGGAACAUUCAUCUGUACCAUGACACAAACUAAAGGACCACAGAGGGUCUCAAGCAGAGAUAAAAACAUACUAGUGACAGUUAUAAUUCGACCAAAAGUUUGUAUUUCUGGAGCAAGCAAUCUCAUCAUAGAAGGAAGCAAUGUAAACUUGACGUGUAAAGUUGUGGAAGGUCGGCCUGAACCACGGAUCACCUGGCUCAAGAAUAAUACAUUGCAAAGAGAGAGUUUGUCUCUCUUCUUUUCUAAGAUAACAAAGGAGGACGAAGGGUGGUACACUUGUAAGGCAGAGAAUGAAGCAGGAAAUUCUACCAAAUACAUUGACAUUUCUGUAAAGGUUCCACCCCAUGUUCGUGAUGAGUCUAGAAAUCUCACCAUUGAAUUUGACUACCCUUUUAUUAGAGAGUGUUAUUUCAGAGGUGACCCACAAGUAUCUGUCUACUGGACCAAGGAUGGAGUGCUAAUUAGUAAAAACAACACCUUGGUUAUAAGACAAGCGACGUUUAAAGAUAAAGGCUAUUAUGAAUGUACUGCUAAAAAUGAUUAUGGCGAAGCAAACUCUUCCUUCUGGAUCGAUGUCACAGUAAUUCCACAGAUUAUAAAGCCUCCGAUAAACCAGUCUGUUAUGGAGGGAAACUCUGUGAACUUUAGUUGCCGAGCCACAGGUGUGCCAACACCAACAUUAGUCUGGGUUUUUAAUAAUGGUGACCUGCCAUCUGGUAUCAAUCAAUUCAAUGACAAAGGAGAAUCAUUCCUGGAAUUUUUAAGCGUCACAAAAGGGAUGGAAGGGACUUACAAGUGUGAAGCGAAAAAUAAAGCAAAUACAACUAGUUCCUCUGCAACACUGCGUGUAUGCGGUAAGUUUAAUGAUAAUGACGAUAAUGAUGACGAUAACGAUAACGAUGACGCUGGCUUUGACGAUGACGCCGACGAUAUCCAUGGCGAUGAAGAUGAUGUGACGCCAACGCCGAAGUGA